CAUCUCUCUCUCUCUCUCUCUCUCUCUCUCUCUCGUAUCAUCUUCAUUUAAACCAUGUCAAACCCACAACCAUCCCUUCCACCAGGUUUCAGAUUCCACCCAACCGACGAAGAGCUCAUCCUCCACUAUCUAAAAAACAAAACCACCUCCACCCCAUGUCCGGUCUCCAUCAUAGCCGAAGUUGAUAUAUACAAGUUCAAUCCAUGGGAUCUUCCAGCUAAAGCAGCUUUCGGAGAUAAGGAGUGGUAUUUUUUCACCCCCAGAGAUCGAAAGUACCCGAACGGGGCCCGCCCAAAUCGGGCCGCUGCUUGUGGGUAUUGGAAGGCGACUGGAACCGAUAAACCAAUAUCGAAGACGACGGCUGGGAAGGAGAAUAUAGGAGUGAAGAAAGCUCUUGUAUUUUACAAGGGUAGACCUCCUAAGGGCAUCAAGACUAACUGGAUCAUGCAUGAAUACCGGCUUGCUGAAGUUGAAAACCACUACAAGCCUAUGAAAUUAAAAGAUUCGUCCAUGAGGUUAGACGAUUGGGUCCUAUGCCGAAUCUACAGAAAGAAUAGCCAUAUUCUUCCAAAUGAGGCGAUAGCGACUGAUCAAGAGCUAGAAGACCGUUCAAUUGCCUCGUCGAUGUGGUCGAACACUGCCCACCAAAGUGCCAUCGAGCUUCCAAAAACUUCCUCUUUCUCAGACAUACUCGCGGCCGGGGACUUCUCAUCACUGACUCAUCUCCUGUCUGACAACCCGUCCAACUCGGCGGCCCCAGAACUCAGUUCCAUUUUCUGUAAUGCUAAUAACAGCCAACCCAUUUCCAUCAACAGCAACAACAACAACAACAGCUACCCAGUUCAAAAGCUCUCUCAACAAGAUCCAUCUGCUUUAGACAUUGAUAACCAGAUAAAGCGGCACAGGCCGGCAGAUCCCACCGAGGGUGUUUUGCACCCAUCAAAGAAAUUCAACAGUUCAUGCAACUUCAGCAACAUGAGUAGUCAGUUGGAAGCUCCCCAAUACCACUUAUUAAACCAGCCAUUCUUCAAUCCACAGAUACUCUUGAAUUCUCAUUUUGAAUUUCAAUAAGCUUACAUUUCAACUUAGUAGAAAACCCCAAGGGUGUGUUUGGUUGCACCAAAUAUCAUGAUAUUUCAUUACUAAUCAGUCUAAUUUAGUGCAACCAAACACACCUCAAGCUAAGAGAUAUCAAACAAGAAAAGAAGUGAAAACAAGCCCAUGGACUUUGAAUUAUGAUAUGGGUCUGUUUUUGUAUAAAGAUUGAGAACUCAUAUGGUGUGAAACACCAUUUUGGAGAAUGGAGGAGAAAAAUCAAAGAAAAA